GCGGACCUAACCAAAUCCCACUCGGCCCUCGAAUCCAAAUACAACGCCCUCCGCGACACCACCGUCCCCCAAGCCGAAAAAACCUUUGACUCGUACCGGAAAACAUCCGAGUCCAAAUCCAAGCUCGCGGACCAGCUGAUUGCCUCUUUAAAAGCCGAGCUUUCCACCGCUAAACAAUCCAGCGCUGUCAUCCCCUCCCUCCAAUCAGACCUGUCAACCGCCCAGGCUCAAAUCGCGAAAUUUGAGGCUCAGGUUGCGGAGCUGAACAAGACGAUUGCGGAGCAAAAGACGGAGAUCAAGGCGCUGAAUAUGAAGUUGGCUGCUGCGAGGAAUGCGGAAGCGGCGGCGAAUAGCAGGAGUGUGACGGCGCAGGUGCCGGGGAGUGCGAUGAAAAAGACGUUGGGGGUUGGUGGGGAAGGAGGAUCUAGUAUGCGGAUCUUGCAUCCGGGGUUGAUCGUCAGGGGGGUGAAUGUGGGGGGGGAGGGGGUCGAGUUUGAUUGUUUGCAGACUGGGAGGAAUGGGAGUAAGUUUUCCUGUGACGGCGGAGAGAAAACGGUGGCUAAUAUGAUGGCAGCAUUACAUUUUAAACUCACAAUGUCGUCUGGGGAUGGGGAUGAGUCGCAGUGCGAGUAUAACCCCAUGUUGGAUACCAAUAGGGACAGGGCGCUGAUUGAUGUGCUGCCGGAGUUUUUGGUGGAUGAGAUUGCUUUUCCUAGGGCGCAGGCGGGGAAGUUUUAUCAGAGGAUCAUGAGGGCUUUGAAUGAGUCUUGA